AUGGCGGCAUCAAGCUCGUGGGAGCCGCUGCGCGCUGCUGUCCUCGACACCCUGAAGACCACCUGGGGCUACCACCAGCCGCAUGUCUGGCAGCUCCAUGUCCUCCGUGCCCUCCUGGCUGACCGUCGCGAUGCGGUUGUGGUCCAAGCUACAGGCUCCGGCAAGUCGAUGGUCUACCAGCUGCCAUCGCUUGUCCUUGCCGCCACCCCGCCGCCGUAUCUGUCUGACGCCGCCGCCGCCGCCCCACUCACCAUCGUCAUCUCGCCGCUCAUCGCCCUCAUGGCCGACCAGACUGCCCGCCUCUCUUCGCUAGGCAUCUCGUCCACAUUUAUGGGCUCCGGUAAUCCCGGCUCGUCUGCCAUUCGCAGCGGCCUUAUUUCCGGCGAUCAGGACGCCCUCGCGCUCCGCAUCGUCUACAUGUCGCCCGAGUAUGCGUCGUCAAUGCUGACCACGUCUGCCCUCGCUGCCGCCCCCGCUUUUGCCUCGCGCAUUGUUCUGCUUGCCAUCGAUGAGGCACACUGCAUUUCCAAGUGGGGCCACGACUUUCGCCAGGCAUACUUGGACCUUCCGGGCCGCGUCGCCGAUGUCAAGGCUGCCACCGGAGCGCCCGUCGUCGCCCUCACCGCCACCGCCACCAGCCGUGUGGUUGAGGAGCUCGCCCAGUCGAUGCAGCUGACUAACCCUCUGGUCUCGGUCGGCUCGUUCAACAGGCCCAACCUCCACCUCUCGUUUGGCGUCAUCGAUUCUGUCGACUCGCAGGUCGUCCCGCUGCUGACCGGGAAAGACUCGGCCGCCCGCAAGCCAUCUAUCGUCUACUGUCGGACCCGCAAGGCCACCGAACGGAUUGCAGCAAAGCUGAAGUCGAGUCGCGCCGGCCGCGUCGAAGCCUACCACGCCGGGCUUGGCGCGCAGCGCAAGGGCAUCCAGGAUCGAUUCACCGCAGGCCAACUCGACGUGGUCGUCUGCACCAUCGCCUUUGGCAUGGGCAUCGACAAGGCCAACAUCCGCUCGGUCAUCCACGCUCACGCCCCGUCGUCAAUAGAGUCGUACUAUCAGCAGAUCGGCCGCGGUGGCCGUGAUGGCGACCUCUGCGAGUGCUACUGCUUCUGGCUCGCAAGCGACUUUGAGGUCGACAAGAACUCUGACGCUGCCGUUUAUGCCCAGCGCCUUGCAUCGGCGUCCGCGCUCAAGGCGCUAGUCAGCACGGCAAAGACUUGCCGCAAGCAAAGCCUGGUCGCCUACUUUGGUGAGUCCAUAUUGCCGUGUCAUGCAUGCGACAUCUGUGACCUUGGCGACGCCCCGCUCAUCGACUUUUCCUGCGACGCCUUUCUCCUCCUUGGCGCGCUGCAAGUGUGCGGCGAGACCGCUGGCCCGUCCAAGGCAAUCAAGCUUCUGCACGGAACCAAGCCGCCCGGCAACCUUCCGGUCAACUUUAGCACCUUCCUCAACGCCGGAAGCCACCACUCCCCUGGCUGGUGGAGCGCGCUCGGCUUUCGCCUCAUCAAAGUCGGCAUGAUUGUCUCAACGCAUAUUGCUGUCCGUGGUCGCUCUCGCGGCUUCGACAAGUGGUCCCUCACCCGCGAGGCAAAAGAGUAUGUUGCCGCCGGCAAGCCGCAGAUCGCAUGCGACAAGCUUGUGUUUCACCCCGGCCCCGAGCUGCUCGUCGACUGCAGCCCAAAGUCGAGUCGUCCGGCCCUACAAGGCCUUCUGCAGCGCGCACCGAGCUCGUCGCUCAUCAUCAACUCACGCUCGGCGCUUCGUUCUGCACUCUUGUCGAUCGAGCCCUCGUUGUCGGCCACUGUUGUGGACGACAUCGUCGACCACGUCCCGGCUUCUCUCUCCGAGCUCACCGCCAUUAAUGGGAUCUCGUCGCGUGUUGUUGGUAAUGUCGGCACCGCGCUCCUCGCCGCAGUCAAACCUUACGUCCCCCUUGCCAAGGCGUUUCGGGCCGAAGCCAUUGCCAGUGCCAAGCAGUCGCUCGCCCUUUUCCAGGAUCGUGGCCUCGCGCUCCAGUCAGUAGCAACUGCCCGAGGCAAGUCAGUCAACACCAUUCUUCGCCAGCUCAUGCUCUGCGUCUCCAACGGAGACUCGUUCAACGGUUCGCUCCUCGGCUGGUCCAAGGCAUCCGUCGAGCUCGCGUAUGCCUCAUUCGUCUCUCUGCUCGACGCGCCCGUGGCAGACGACGUGCUUUCCGGCUCGAUGCCGUCGACGCCCUCCGCCGUCGACGAGAACAUUGUUAACUUUAUUCGCGCGUUUGUGGCCUUCUACGCCAAAGCCAAGCCCCACGCCGGCAUGCCCGACGUCACGACGGUAACGGCCGCCCUACUCUCAUCGUCUGGCACUUUAGCGGCCGCCGCCAUCUCGCCAACCAAGCGCGUCUUUGACUCGUCGACAGAGCUCGCCAUCAAGUCGUCAAAGUCGACGCCGGCUGCCUCCAUCAAGCCCGUUCGCCACUCUGGUAAUCGGCUCAAGCGCAAGCGGUCGUUCAAGGCCAAACCUGCGGCAGUCAGCAAUGCCACGUGUGUCGCCGCCACACAUGUGGCUCCGCCGCCACCGACAUCGGCCUCGACGUUCGCCCCAGACGUCACCACCCGUACCAUUGUGGCUGCAGCAUGCUCGCGGGUCCCAGCCGUCUCGGCCUCGGCCUCCGCCAGCACAAAGCCAGACUACUGACUACUUUGCCGG